AGUCGGAGACUCUGCAGUUUAUCAAUGAUUCAGCCACAAUCUCCACUGUGAAUCUGCAAAAGCAACGACUGCAUCUACUGUACUCCUAAUACUUACCAGUGGGAUUAUUGUUCCUGUCUUUUUUUUAAUUUGCUGUUGAUUUAAUAUAAUAUAAUUAAAGAAAAUACUACCCUCCCGGCCACUGCCAAACGUUUCAUUCACAAAAUUACGCAGAAUCCGCCACUGUGCGCCCUCACGCCGAGCGGUACUGCAUCUACAAAGCAGAGCAUCCCCCGAUUGCACCUGGGUGUUAGAGGAGCUUGUUAUUAUUCUGGGGACGUUUAAAGGGUUGGAAUUCUAAGUGAGGAACAAGAAAACUGAGUCAAAUGGAGUCCCGGGUUUCGCUCGGGAAUGCUGGAAGCCCAGCUUCCGUGUUCCAACCCUUGCUGGACGGCCGCCUGCCUUACGGCAGAUUGCAACACGCGACAAUCUUACCCAUGGACCAAAUGAAGCCAAAUCGCCUGGAGAACGAUUACGUCGAAAAUCCCAUUGCCACCCAGCCCAGCAGGAACCCGAAUGCCCACAGCAGGCCGUCUCCUCAGGAGAGGAGAGCCAGCAGUCACCGCGACCAGGGCUGCGACCACCAUGAGCUCUCCAACCACAGCAGCGUGUCCUGGACUUCCAUCAGUCGACCCGGUUCCAUCAGCAGUAGCAGUAGUACCUCCUCGGAUCAGAGACUGUUGGACCACGCAGCCCCGCCGUCGGUGGCCGAUCACCUUGGCUGUCAGAGGGCCGUUCAAUCACAGCCCAAAUCAUCCGGCUCCAAAGCAAUCGAUCUUAAAGAGACCUCCCAGCGUCAGGAGACUGGCAAGCACGUGUUACUAUGCGAGGGCUGCGGGAAAUGCAAGUGCACCCGCUGCACCUCGCCCAGAACUCUUCCCUACUGCUGGGUUUGCAACCAGAGAUGUCAGUGUAGUCCACAGGAUAUUGUGAACUAUGCCACCUGCAUGUGUCUGGUCAGAGGAAUUUUCUAUCAUUGUACCAAUGAGGACGAGGAGGGAUCUUGCGCAGACCACCCAUGUUCCUGUUCCCACUCUAACUGUUGUGCCCGUUGGUGUUGUAUGGGGACCAUGUCCGUGUUCCUGCCUUGCUUACUCUGCUACCUGCCGGCAACUGGAUGCGUCAAACUGUCCCAAAAGUUUUAUGACACUGUUAGCCGGCCGGGCUGCCGUUGCAAGAAUUCCAACAGUGUGUACUGCAAGGUCCCAGAGGUGUCAGGCUGCAAUGGGGACAAGCCCUCAUGAUACAGGAAGCAUGUGGUGUGCUUCGCAGAACCAUUGUUCACACCCAGACUUUAUUGGUCCAGCCCUUUUGCAAGAUUUGUUUUUUUUUAAAUGUUCAGUACUGAGUGGGUAAAACCUUCCUGUUGCUUUUUGAAAUGGACAUAAUAUAUAAUUAAAUGAAGCUUUUAAGAAGCAGCUAAAUAUGGGAUUUUCAAAACUUCUUUCAAAAUUCAUGUCUUUGCUCCUGAUACUUGGAGGAUAUUCUGCUCAGAAACUAAAGGGUUUUUUUU